AUGAUCAAUGACUCCCAUGAUAUAGACUAUCAGCACCUUAAAGAUGAAACAGUGAGGAUGAUAAACGAAAUACAGACGGCCUUGCCUCUUGAUGGCGGUGGAGAGCCAAAUACCCUAUCCAACGCAGAGGCAAGCCUUAUCGGGCUCUGGAAAAAUAUACUUUUGGAGGACAAUAAGCCUGUGGAGUCAGACAUAGAAAUAGGAGGCCAGAUAUACCCAAACAGUGCACAAACCGUGACAUGUCUCAUAGCAUAUUAUCUCCUUGAAAACAAUUGUGCCGAUGUUGUUGAGAAGUUAAUAUGUGAAAUGAAAGAUGGAAAAGAAGAAGUGAUAAAAAUCAGGGACGACCAUGCUAGGUUCAAAGAAAUUGUAUUUGAAAUAUCAGAAGAUUCCACAAGACUUUUGGAGAAUUUUCUUGAGAGUUACCCAAGUAAGAUGCUUGAGCUGUAUCUUGUAUCCCAUGAAUUCUUGCUGCUCAUACAUAAUGGAAGAUAUGACGAGGCCCUCAAGUUGUGCCUUAAGAAACUGAAGUCGUUUGUUCCUACAUACAUUCGGGAUGUCAAGCCGCUUCUCAAGUUCUUAGUAAACCCUGUGAAUGUUGAGGAGGCUUUAGAAAAAAACAGAGAAAGACUUAUUGAGAAUUUCAAGUCUGAAUACCUGGAGGUGACUGGAAUCCCAAACAGGUGUUAUCUUGAAGAACUUUUCGAGACAGGAACCUCUGCAUUCCUUCAGCUUUCUAGCUCUGGAAACUUGUUUUUCGAUAAGGACGAUCAAACUCUUCCUGUGGAAAUAAAGCUAGAGAAAGGAAGAAACUACCAUUCACUUUUUAUAUGCCCAGUGUUAAAGACGCUUUGUGUGGGUGAAAACAUCCCCGUAAUGCUUGAAUGUGGACAUGUGAUAUCUCUGGAGGCUGCAAAUGUACUUUCUCAAGAAGGUGUUCUUAACUCCUUUAAAUGCCCUUACUGCCCAGAGAUGUCCAGAUAUGAGAAUAUUCUGAGGCUCAGAAUUUAG